AUGCUAUUCGUACCUAAUCCGAAUCCGAAGUCCAGCUCGAAUCCAAAUCCCACUCCCAAUACCAUACCAAUUCCACAUUCAACCCAAGAACAAACUCAACAAACUCAUCAAACAAAGAAGCAAAGAAGCAAAGAAGCAAAGAAGCAAAGAAGCAAAGAAGCAAAGAAGCAAAGAAGCAAAGAAGCAAAGAAGCAAAGAAGCAAAGAAGCAAAGAAGCAAAGAAGCAAAGAAGCAAAGAAGCAAAGAAGCAAAGAAGCAAAGAAGCAAAGAAGCAAAGAAGCAAAGAAGCAAAGAAGCAAAGAAGCAAAGAAGCAAAGAAGCAAAGAAGCAAAGAAGCAAAGAAGCAAAGAAGCAAAGAAGCAAAGAAGCAAAGAAGCAAAGAAACAAAGAAACAAAGAAACCAACACAUUAAAGAUCAUAAGAUAA